AUUUACGGUGCUGACCCAAAGAAAAAAAUGACACUCCCUUCGAUCGAUUACAGCUGCUCUUUGAACGACAUUUGGAGUUAUUAGUCAAAUUCCGCACGCAGCUGCUAAAUCAGUCAUGCUAUGAAGAUGCGACGGAAGUGGAUGGAUUGAUAUCUCAAUUACACAGUGAGCUGGAAAAUGACAGCAGCCUUCAUGAAUCCUCGAUAAACUAUACUUCAAACGAAACAGUCAUCCAUGAUGCGCCCAGUGGUCCAGUACUUUCCAUUCCAGAAACAUGCCCGGUAAUGGAGUCAAACUCCAUCAUCCCCGAAACAGCAUGUACAGACAGUAGCAUAUCCAGCUCACGAAAAGGUCCCAUUGUUUUGCCAGGAAAUGUGUCUCAAGCAUCGAAUAAUAAUCAAGAGCCUGGUACGGUUUUGUUGGACGAGGAUUAUCAUAAUGAUCCAUUAUCUACUAGUGAUGCUCCCCAUAAAUUUGAUAACAGUAUCUCAGAAGAUUUAAACUCGGAUGAUUUCGAAUUGAAUGGUGUUUAUCCUCAUUAUCUGGUCGAUUUUACUGAAUUCCCCGUCCAAUAUGUCUUAAAUGCAAUCAAAUUAAUUGUAAUUUGGGCUUAUGAAGACCCAACAUUGUUUCGCGGGGGAGGAUAGACGCGAAAAAAAAUUUAAAAUCCGGUUAUCAACUCCGGAUCUCCAAAAAAAGGAGGUGUUUGGAUAUUCAAGAAAAUAUCCCAAAAUUAUUCUAUUAAGUCUAAUGCUAUUCCUGGACUUGGAGGUGGUAUUAUUUUCUUAUUGGUCA